CAAAAAAAUCAGAAUAAUAAAAUAAAUUAUUUCUACACGAUGUACAUUGUUAAUUGCUAAGUUUAAGUAAGAAAUAAGGAAAGUGAAAAUGGCUAUCGAGAAUGCACAAGUUUUAAGGCUCGUUGCACGCCUGGUUAUGGAUUAUUUGGACGAACAAGAUCUCACAGAUGCUUAUAAUACAUUUUGUGAAACGAGUCGUCAUCUAACAGAUCAGGAGUAUCAAUCAUAUAGUCAAGGAAUCAAAACAUUAGAUAAUGGAUAUGGUCUCAUUAAUAUAGUUACAGAAUACUUUCUAAUCAAAGAUAAAUUAAGAGAUUUCAUCAGAGCAUGUCCAAAAACGUCAAUAAUAAUCAGCUUGAUCGAUACAGCGAAUCUUCAGUCACGUCUAGACAUAAUUUUGAAGGUAUUGAAGGAUAAUUUGUUGAAAUUUGAUCAAGUUCAGGAAGAUAUUUCACGGAAAAGAAGAAAGACUGAAAAUGAGCUAUUUCAAGUGUCACAAACAAACACAAGUACACCAGAAACUGUACAACCAUUAAAGAAACGACGAAUUUCAUGCUCAAAGUCAAAUACCUUAAAUAAUAGCAAUAACAAUGACAACACAAAGGUAGAAGAGAAAAUUUUAGGGAAUAAGGAUCUGAAAAUUUAUAUUAGUAGUCCUGAAACAUCCAACAAAGAAGAUGAUGUGACUGACGAUGAAUCAUCAAUAAAAGCGAGCACAUCCAAUACAAAAAUAGCACCGCCACAGCUAUUAUCGGAAACAAUCUUAAAGAAACCAGAUUUUGCAGAGAAUUUAGCUGAAAUUAUCAAUAAAACGUUGGCAGUGCAUGAUAAGUCGACGGAAGCAAUAAGUUCACAGAAUGUUCUUACACAGCAUGAUGUUCAAGACAUUAUGUCCAAAACUGAAAAUGAUUUCGAAGAUAUAUUAAAGGAAGUGAUUGACAAAUACUUGAUAGAAGGAUCUGACAGCAGUAAAGUGGAAUCACCAACUGCUGCAGAUAGUAAAGAUGUUCCAAUUAAGCAAAGACUUAGACCACGAACCGCAAAGAAAAUACCAUCGACAGAACGAAAGAAGAAAAAGAUAAAUAUCAUAUCAAAUGAGAUUUAUACAGGUCCAAUGCCUUUAUGUGUCAAGAUGCCUCCAAAUACAGUAAUAUCACCAAUUGAGCAAGCAACAACGUCUGUUAUGUCAACAGAACAAACUAUAAAUUCUCAUUUGUCUCAACCAUUACUUAUAGUUCCUUUUAUGCAAUCAUUACCAACAUCCACCACAACGUUUAUUCCUUUACAAUCAUUUCAUUCUACUGGAAAUAUAAUUUGUGAAAAUAAUGUUCCAAUUACAACAACUGCGGAACUACCUACAAAUGUGCAAAUAAUUCUAAGUGAAAAUAAUCCAGCAUUAACGAAUGUAAUACAAAAUAAUAAUAACGAAGAGGCUGACAAGGUCCAAAAAACUCCAAAAACAACAAUUCAAACAAACUUUUUGGAAUCAAAAUGCAAAUCAACUCCAAGACGAAAAGCGACACAUGUAAGAAUUUUAGAUUUUACACAUACCCCUUCGGGUCGAUUGGCUGCAAUUAAGGAAUGUAAAACUCCAUCGAAUAGUAGUAUAAGGCAUGAAACUCCUGGAUCAGCUCCAGCAUCGAUUAUGACAUCACAAAAAACGAAGAAAGAGACAGUAUCAAUUAAACCACCUCAAAGUGUUGAAAAUGGAGAUAAAUCGGUAGAAAUAAUUGAUGAAAGUUCAAAUUCUAAUUCUAUAUCCAAUACUCCGAAAGUUGCAAAGAAUCGACGAAGGAGAAAAAUUGAGAUUGACUCAAAAUCUGAUAAGGCACACGAUGAAAUUUCACCAAAACCAAUGACUGCUGAAGAAUGGAAUAAAAUGAGAGAGGAACAGAAAAGCUUAUCAGUGGACGACAGAAUGAGAAUCUUAUUCCAGCAGAGUGAAGUCAAAACUAGUGUUAAGAAACGCAAAAAAACACCAAAGAAAAAGAAGGAAGAUCAUAAAAAGUCAUUAAAGAAAGCAAAACCUUUAAUUACAACUGUACAGCAAACCAAGGGAAAAUUAUGUGCUAAGUUUAAAGUAACAUCGCCAAGAAAAUCAGCAUUACUAAGAAAAUCACCGAAGAAGAAGAGACUUUCCAGUUCAAAUAUUGUAAAUAAAUUAUUGGCAGAAAGUGCAAAAGAAAAUAAAAUUGAGACACAAAAAGUAAAUGAUUCAGCAAACGAUAAUCAACAGCAAUUAAGCCUACCAAAAUUAAUGACAAAUGAAAGUCUCGUAGAGGAUAAAACAGACGAAACUGACACAUCAGAUUUAAAUAGGAGUGACACAGUUCAAGAAGUUGCUAAUUUAUUAACUAAUCUGCCUGAAACAAUCCUCGCCAAAACAAAUAGUGGAAAUAGUUUUGAGAUAGCAAGUCAAAAGACAUUAAUUGAUGCAUCAAUACUUAUGGAAACGCCUUUAAAACUAGAUUCUAUUAGUCCAUUGCCAAAUACUCCAAGAUUUGCAGUUCCUUUAAUUUCGACACAUCAAGAAACGCCAGUUGCGAAGGAAAUAGUUGCAAUAACGACAGUCUCUUCAAUACUUAAAGUUUGUGACAUUUUAACGCCUAGUUUUCCAAUAACGCCAGGAUUUAAAAUAACACCAGCUAAAAGUGAAUCAAGUCCAAGCACUGGAUAUGUAAGUCGUAAAACUGAUUACUCGUCAUGUAGCUCAUAUUAUAAGCCUGAUGAAUCUGAAGACAUUAAUUUAAAUAUUGAUAGUAUAAUUAAACAAAGAAUAGCAGAUCGAAGCUCACAAUCGGAAUCAGAAGCGCCUGUAAUAAUCAUUGAACGGAAAGAAACAAUAAGAACUGGGAGUAUGAAGAAGGUUGAAUGUCCUGGAGCACUGGAAAGGGUCUUGUCAUUUACAGAAGAACAAAAUGCAAUUGUAAUUCCACAUUAUAAUAUGAAUGAAGAAGGAUUAUUAUCGGAAUCAAUGAUAACAACAGCAUCCGACGAAAGUUCAUCGUCAUUUACAUGCUCGACAUGCUCAACAGAUCCAUCAAGUGACGAUAAUACAAUGGAUAAAUUAAAUAAAGCAUUAAAUGUCGAGGAUCGUGAUUCUGAAUGGCAUUGUGAAGAAGUGGAAAUAGAAAUGGCAAAUAUAAGUAACAAGUCAUUGGUCAAUGAGAGAACUGGCGAGGUUCGAUUCCCACUAAGAAGUUGGAUAACCCCAAAAAAGAUUGAUCCACAAGAACCAAAGUUAAUUAUUGAUGAAAUGAAAGCUGAUAAAGUUUUGGUGACAAUUCCAACAGAAAAUAUCAAGUCAGUCGAGGAAAAGAAGGAAGAACAACGAGCACAGGCGAAAGCUAAUAUGGAAGCAAUUAAGCAAAGAACAAUUAAUAUCCUCAAAAAAGAAACAAAGAAAGAAAUUCCAAAAUUCAAAAAGGCGAAUGUCAAGCAAUUUAAAUUACCGGCUGAACAGCCAAAAUAUGUUCCAUUAACAAGACGUGAUCAGAUUUUACAGGCAAGCUUAUUUUCUGAACGUCCAAAAUCCACAGCAUUAAAAUUAAUUCCUUCAACAUCAAUAUCAUCAUCCUCAAGACGAAAGUGUUUAACGCCUAGAAAAACAAUAAUUAUGGAUGAACUUCCAAAAGCAGAUCCAACAGUAAAGAAAAUUAGCAAUAAGAAACGACAAAGUAAUGAAAAAGGAAAAUCGGAUAGUGUCAAAAUAAUCAAGUCACCAACUAAGCCUGAAAAAGUAUCAGUAGAAAAUAUUAAUGAUAAUGCAAUGAUGCAUGAUGAUCAUCCAAGCCUUAAUAUCUCAACAUCUUUCCAUUCGUCUGAUAACGAAGAGCCUGAAAAUACAGUUGUCAAUGUAAUACAGAAACCUGUUGAGGAAGGCUCUAAUACCUUCCAGAGGACAUUAAUAGCACAAGGAUUCGAAAAAACGGAAGCAAAGGAUCUUCAAAUUAAAUUUGUAGACAAAAUUGAGGAUGAAUUACAAAAAGUAACCGAAAAUGUUGAAUCUGUGCCUGAAAAGCCAAAAGAUCCACCAGAAAAUAAUAAUAAGGAAAUUAAAGAAAAAGAAGUUUUAAAAGACAAAACUGAGCUCAAUUUAAGUGUUCCUGGAAGCGAAUCAGAAACAGAAGAGGAUGACGACGAGUGUGCAUUUGCAUUUGCGGAUAUCCUUGAAAGAAAUGUCUUUACAUUUGAAGAACCAGUAGAUUUUGUGCCUAAAAAAGAGAAAUCAAAAAUUGCUAAUUUGUGUGCACCGUCAAAACUUCAAAUUGAUGGACGAACAGUCAAGAUAGAUUUUUGCAAUCCUAUAGACAUUUUUACAAUGGAACCGACAAAGAAGUCUGCUGAUGAUAAGAAUGAGAAGAAAGAGCAACAAAAGGAAAUUUUGAAACCUUCAGAGCCCAAAAUUCUAACAAAGGAGAUUUCCAUUGACAAAAUUCUAACGAUGAUUCAUGGGAAUCAUUAGGACAUUUAUUGCAAUUAAGGAAAACUAGGCCCAAAAAAUAAUUAAAACAUACAAAAUUUACCGUUUUCAAAAAUUCAAAACGAAACAGAUUUUUGCUAUUCAAAGAAUAACAGCUUUCGAAAAUUCAAAAAUGGACCUGAUCUUUUGAAAAUUCAAAAAAUAGCGGUUUUUAAAAUGUAGAAAUCACGGAAAAUGAGCACUUUUAUAUCUCACAAAUACAGUCGCUGAAACGAAUGUAAAUUAAGUUUAAAAAAAGCAGACGAGAUGAAAAUUCAUAAAUUAUUAAAAAUUUGUAAAGAUUGAGAAUUUUCGUUUAACAUAGAAAGUUUGAAGUAUUUUUAUUUGUAAAAUAGUGUGUGAAUAAAUCUUAUUUAUUUUUACAAAAAAAAAAUAUUGUUUAUUAUUCAUUUCAUAGUGUAAUGAUCCAACAAGGAGUGAAGCUUUUAAAAGAAGAUUAGUAAUAGUAUUAAUUGAUUAUGAAAUGUCAAAAAAAAAUCAAUUUAUUUCCUUGAUGGUUGUAAGCAAGUGGUUAUAGUUGAACUGUCAGGAAAUAGUUGAUGAUAAGUGACUAAUGGAACAUAAGCAGCAGUAAUAACUCGACCUGCAAACCAUCGUCCAUGAAGGGCAUUAACAGCAAGCACUGCUGUUGCAAUAGAUGGACAUUUUACAUAAACUUUUCCUUCUGAAGAUGAAAUGUCAACGUAUACAUGAUAAACACCGCCAUGCUUGUUGCAUUCCUCAAUGACAUCGUCUUGUAUUUCCUGAUCCCAAUUAAGUGUCGUUUCUGAUGCUGGAUCAAACAUAUUUACAAGUAAGAAACAUUGUGUUGCUAUUGUUGGCAUUUCUUCUUGUGGAACAGGUUGUGUGACUGGCUGUGGAGCAGAAGCAAGCAAAGCAUUGGCAGCUAUUUGAGGAAUUUCGAGCCCUGCAUUUUCAGCUAAUUUAAACAUUAAUUGUAAUCGUCCUGUUGCUCCGAGAUCUAUGCCACUUCUAUCCAUUUCAUCUGUGUCGAGUGAUGCAUGAUGUGUUGUUACGUCUAACCUUUCGGUCACAUUUCCAACUUUCAUCGGCCUUCCAGCUAGUUCGAAGCCAUUUAAUUGCUCUAAUGCUUUCUUGGCGUCGUCUGCAUUGUGGAACUGUAAUGAUAGUUAAGGAAUUUCAAUAAAAUUGCUGAUCAUUAAGUUUGGGAUUAAAGUUUAAUCCUAGGAUUUAAAAUUGAACUAAAAUGUAUGAAACAACUGUUUAAACGACACAUUAUCAUUAAUGCGUCAUAAAAAGUAAGUCAGAACUAGGAAUUUUGAUGUAGCACACUUCAUCCCCUCAGUUAACCAUGAGUGAUAAUAAAAUCAGAUUAGCCAAGGUCAAGGGCGUGCAAAAAUUUAAAUAAAGUGUUAAAACAGUCUCACGUCACCUUAAUUUUGAAAAGUUCGACAUUAAAUUCAAAAAUUCGAUAUUUAAGCCGAAAAUUUGAAUUUUAAUUGCCGGUUAUAAAAAAUGUAAACGAAGGAAAAAUUUGAAAUCGAAAUUAAUGAUAUUAGCUACUAUUAAUCAUGAUUUGUCCUAAUCAACAUAAUCUUUGUUAUGUUUUAUCUCUUUUAAAUAGUUUUCACCACAAUAAUGAGUUUUAAAAAGCAAUUUAUAAACAUAAU